AUGCCAUUCCUGUAUUCGAAGCUUCGUAGACCCCAGCUCCUGGCCGUGUUACUAACGUUCACUGCGGGCCUGCUGGCCGCCGUGUUCAUCUUGCGCAAGGUGCGCCGUCACAGAAUGGACCCCGUGCUCCUUGCGGACCCCAACAGCCUGUACACAGUCGUGCUGAAGCGCCGCGAGGCGAUUGGUCAUAACGUCAAGCUCCUCCGGUUCGCCCUACCAAGCUAUACACAGAGACUGGGUGUGCGUAUCGGUGAGCACAUAAUGGUGCGUGCACUCGUCGGCCACCGGCUCAUCGUGCGGCCCUACACUCCCGUGAGUCCUUGCGACCGGCGCGGAACCUUCGACAUCAUCGUCAAAGUGUACAGGGCUGGCGUGUGUCCCCAGUUUCCUCAGGGAGGAGUGAUGUCACAGUUCCUGGACAGUCUAAAGCCGGGAGAUGAUGUCCAGAUACGGGGUCCUCGAGGAAUGUUCGUCUACGAGGGUCACGGCACCUUCGUCACCGCACUAGGCGAUCGACUACCGCCUGUCCAAAAACUAGGCCUAAUUGCAGCUGGCAGUGGCGUGACACCGAUGCUGCAGCUGCUGCGCAGUAUAUUUGCGGACAGCACAGACUGCACACUCGUGCGCAUGAUCGACGUAAACCACAGCCCGAGUGAAAUCAUCGCUUGCAGUGAGCUCAACGACUACGCCAGGACAUAUUCGUCAACAUUCAGAAUAUGCCAUGUGUUGUCCGAGGUACCUUCGCUGGAGAUGAUGCCAGGUGUUAUUCGAGGACCACUGAACCGCUACAUUAUGGCUGCGCACCUUCCCGCGCCAAACUCGAAGUCUCUAAUUUUAUGCUGUGGUCCGCCAUCACUCAUCAAUGACGUGUGCCGGCCAGCACUUGCAGACAUCGGCUACAAGAGCGAACAAGUCCUCUUUUACUGA